AACGGGGUUGCUGUGAAAUAUCCAAAAGAUCUUCCUACAAAUUCCUCUUUUGUUAUUUAGCUAGCUCUUACAUAUGUAUCAGUGAAUUUGGGUGGGAGCAGGGAAAAGGAAACAGAAAUUAACCAACCCAGCCCUCUUGUUCUUGGGUGCCCCCUACCGGCCCCAUUUUUUCCCACCCGUGCCUGUCUGGAAGGGAAGGCACAUGUUAAUACCAACCGGUGCGAUCGUUUUAUGGUACUGUUGCUGCGGAUUGCUGAUCCCCAGACAGAUGUUGCGCCACCAGGGUCUCGUCAAGUGCCGCUGCCGCAUGUUGUUCAAUGACCUGAAGGUCUUCCUCCUGAGGAGACCCCCCGCGCCCCCUCCGCCCUCGCCGCCGCCUCUCCCUCCCAUGAACAGUGGAGACCAAGCCUUGAGCUUGCAGGCUUCCAACAACAACACGCUGACCACACUCUAUGGAGGGCGAAGGGGACCUUGGAGAGCGCCGACUGCCGGGGGUGGUGGUGGUGGAGGAGGAGGAGGAGGGGGAGGGGGGGCAACGAGCCCUCCAGAAGAGGAGUGGGGAAGUCCUGGAGGAGAAGGAGAGCAGCCCAUGUCUAUGAUGAGCAGCGCCUCCUCCGAGGACUUCUGCAAAGGGAAGGCGGAAGAUCGGUAUUCCCUGGGGAGCAGUUUGGACAGUGGCAUGAGGACGCCGCUCUGCAGGAUCUGCUUUCAGGGCCCAGAGCAGGGUGAGUUGCUUAGUCCGUGUCGGUGCGACGGGUCAGUGAAAUGUACGCAUCAACCUUGCCUGAUCAAAUGGAUCAGUGAGAGGGGAUGCUGGAGCUGUGAGCUGUGUUAUUACAAGUAUCACGUCAUCGCCAUAAGCACAAAGAACCCCCUGCAGGUAAAGUGGCAAGCCAUUUCUCUGACCGUCAUUGAAAAGGUUCAGAUAGCGGCCGCCAUCUUGGGUUCCCUCUUCCUUAUCGCCAGUAUCUCGUGGCUCAUCUGGUCCACCUUCAGUCCUUCUGCGAAAUGGCAACGGCAAGACCUGCUCUUCCAGAUCUGCUAUGGAAUGUAUGGCUUCAUGGACAUUGUCUGUAUAGGUCUAAUAAUCCACGAAGGACCCUCAGUUUACAGGAUUUUUAAACGGUGGCAAGCAGUCAACCAACAAUGGAAAGUUCUGAACUAUGACAAAACAAAGGACCUGGAGGAUCAAAAAACAGGGACCAGGACCAACCAACGAACCUCCUCUCACACUAACCAUUCAUCCUCCACUGGUGGUGCCACUAGCAACUCCGCUCCAGCCGAGAGUGUGGCUCGGGGAGCUGGCCACACCACGGGCACCUUGUCUGACCACCACUGUGCUUAUACCAUCUUGCAUAUACUCAGCCACCUGAGGCCUCACGAACAGAGAAGCCACUCUAGCACAAACAGAGAGCUCGUCAUGAGAGUCACGACGGUCUGAGCUAAAGGAAUUCAGGAGGCCUUAAUGCAAAGCGGAGUGGCAGAGGAACUCACAAGCGGAGGGGGCGCGGCGUGCCUUUUCCUCCCACCCUCCGCCCCCUUGUCUUCUGCAGCUGCACCAGGAGCACAAUAGGCCCUUGGCCAGCCAAGGAUGGUGGAGGAGGCAGAGCUGCACACACAGCUGAGAGGCGGCUGAAGGGGUUUUGCAGUCGCUGGAAAGUACAACAAAGCAAGUGCAAUACAGAACUACAAAAACUGAACUAGGGCAGAGGCUGGUGGGCUGGGAUGGGGAGCAGAGAGGGACAGCUGGUCUUACUGCAAGGGAAUGAAUGGGUAAGAUUUUAAACACCCACGCAGACAUUGAAUAGGAAGGAAGCAAGGAAGCCAGAGUAUUUUAAACUGUAUUAACCAUGGGGUUCAAGUAUUUGAAUGCAUAAAUUAUUCUGUGGCCCUGUGCUAUUUUGUGUGGCCACAGGGUGUUCAAGAUGAAACAGCAGUCAAUUUAUCGCUAUUGUUAUUUUAUAUGAGUAAAGACACUCUGCCCAGGUUUAAAAAAAGAAACAUGCAACAGGUACACAUUCCUGAUUUAGCUCUCUCUUCAAACACUACAAUUUUUCAAUGUUUUUGAGGGAGUGCCACUGGCAGAGAGAGGGCCAAAUUCAUUUGAGCCACAAAUAUUUGUAGGAAUCAACGUCCAAAGCACAAAGUGGAUGAUUUAUGCCAGCCUGCUCUUUUUAGACUACAACUCCCACCAGCCCCAAUCAGUGCAUCUGUGCUAGCUAGGGAUGAUGGGAAUUGUAGUCCAAAACAUCUGGAGGGAACUAGGUAGGGGAAGAUUUAUGACAUUUACCACUGAAAGAAUUAUUCAUGUGUCUUAUUUGCAGAUUUUUCAAAAUGGGAUUGUCCCCUACUGAAUUUCCUACUUGGUUUUUCCACCUCAUUCUCCAGCGCCUCUGUAUCGGUGAUUUCUCAUAAACCCCUGUGAUUUUCCUGCUUUCAAAUUUACUUCCUGUAAUCUAGCUGCUCCUGGAAACAGUCUCAUCCACUUAGUUCAGGCAUCCCCAAACUGUGGCCCUCCAGAUGUUUUGGCUUACAACUCCCAUGAUCCCUAGCUAACAGGACCA